ACACUGGGGGAGAGUGGGGCGACAUGAGUGACUCCAAGGAACCAAGUGUGCAGCAGCUGGGCCUCCUGGAGGAAGAACAGCUGAGAGGCCUUGGAUUCCGACAGACUCGAGGCUACAAGAGCUUAGCAGGGUGUCUUGGCCAUGGCCCCCUGGUGCUGCAACUCCUCUCCUUCACACUCUUGGCUGGGCUCCUUAUCCAAGUGUCCAAGUUUCCCAGCUCCAUAAGUCAGGAACAAUCCAAGCAAGACGCGAUCUACCAGAACCUGACCCAGCUUAAAGCUGCAGUGGAACGCCUGUGCCGCCCCUGUCCCUGGGAAUGGACAUUCUUCCAGGGAAACUGUUACUUCAUGUCUAACUCCCAGCGGGACUGGCAAGACUCCGUCACCGCCUGCCAGGAAGUGGGGGCCCAGCUCGUCAUAAUCAAAAGUGCUGAGGAGCAGAACUUCCUACAGCUGCAGUCUUCCAGAAGUAACCGCUUCGCCUGGAUGGGACUUUCAGACGUAAAUCAGGAAGGCACAUGGCAAUGGGUGGACGGCUCCCCUCUGUCGCCCAGCUUCAAGCACUAUUGGAACAGAGGAGAGCCCAACAACAUUGGGGAGGAAGACUGCGCGGAAUUUAGUGGCAAUGGCUGGAAUGAUGACAAAUGUAAUCAUGCCAAAUUCUGGAUCUGCAAAAUGUCCGCAGCCUCCUGCUCCAGGGAUGAAGAACAGUUUCUUUCUCCAGCCCCUGCCACCCCAAACCCCCCUCCUGCAUAGCAGAACUUCACCCACUUUUAAGCUACAGUUCCUUCUCUCCAUCCUUCGACCUUCACAAAAUCUCUGGGACUGUUCUCCGUCAGAUUCUUCCUCCUUUAGAAGGCUGGGUCCCAUUCUGUCCUUCUUGUCAUGCCUCCACGUUCCCCUGGUGUAGAGCUUGUUUUUCUGGCCCAUCCUUGGAGCUUUAUGAGUGAGCUGGUGUGGGAUGCCUUUGGGGGUGGACUUGUGUUCCAAGAAUUCACUUUCUCUUCCUUUUGGAGAUUAGGAUAUUUGGGUUGCCACGUGUAGCUGCUAUGUCCCCUGGGGGGUUAUCUCAUACAUGCAAACCUACCAUCUGUUCAACUUCCACCUACCACCUCCUGCGCCCCUUUGACUGGGGACUUACUGGUUGUAAGAGCUCAUUUUGCAGGCUGGAGGCAGCAGGGAAUUAAUUCCCCAGUCUACCAAUGGCACCCAGAGAGGGCAGGGAGGCUCCACGCAACCCCUUCCACCCCCACAUCUUCCUUUGUCUUAUACAUGGCUUCCAUUUGGCUGUUUCUAAGUUGUAUUCUUUAUUUUAUUAUUAUUAUUACUAUUUUUCGAGAUGGAGUUUCACUCUUGUUGCUCAGGCGGGAGUGCCAUGGCGCGAUCUUGGCUCACUGCAACCUCUGCCUCUCGGGUUCAAGUGAUUCUCCUGCCUCAGCCUCACGAGUAGCUGGGAUUACAGGCAGGCGCCACCAGGCCCGGCUAAUUUUUUGUAUUCUUAGUACAGACAGGGUUUCUCCAUGUUGGUCAGGCUGGUCUUAAACUCCCGACCUCAGAUGAUCUGCCCGCCUCGGCCUCCCAAAGUGCUGGGAUUACAGGUGUGAGCCACCGCGCCCGGCCUAUUAUUUUUUGUAAGAAUAAAACAGGUUUAUUUGGAUUUGGGACUCCGAACAGUUCUGUCUCUACUACCUGAUCUCUUCCUGCCACGACUUUGGGACCUAGGGGAACUUUGGCUCUGGCUGUGAUGGCUCCUGCGGUUCUGGCUCCGGCUGCACUGGCCCCCUGCUGCAGUCACUAUUUCUUCCUCUACUUGGUGAAUUGUGCCUCUCCCGGCUCUUUGACGUGUGCUCGUGAGAUUUCUUCCUUUUACUUUCGGAUUCCCCAUUUCUUUUGUAGGAAUGGUCUGGACUAGGGUUUCUCCUUCCCCGCAGCCUGUAGUAUUCGUCGUGGUGGCCCAUCCUCUCCCUCCUCUUGGAGCUCUUGCCAAAGGAGGAGCCAUUCAGAUCUGGAGACAAGCAGAGGUCUCUAUUGGAUUUCUCAACACCUGAAGAAAGUGCAGUGUCUUCCUCUUGGACAUUGUUGUAUUUCAAAUAAACCACAAGUCACCAUUUUGCACCGGGCCACUGGGCAGAAUUCACACGGAAGCUGUCAUCCCGCAUACAUACCAUCGUCUGUUAAACAGAGAAAGAGCUGCUUGGCAUUCUUCCAACUGGUACUGAACAUAUAUACAUUGCCCCUCAGGUGAGGUUCCAAGUUGCAACUGACCUUGAACUGAAUCACUCUCCCCGUGUUAUUUUUUAAUUAUUAUUUUUUUUUAAAGAUGGGGUCUUGCUCUGUCGCCAGGCUGGAGUGCAGUGCUGCGAUCUAGGCUCACUGCAACCUCUGACUCCCGGGUUCAAGCGAUUCUCUUGCCUCAGCCUCCCGAGUAACUGGGACUCUACUGAAAGUACAAAAAUUAGCUGGGCGUGCACCACCGCACCCAGCUAAUUCUUGUAUUUUUGGCAGAGACGGGGUUUCAACAUGUUGGCCAGGAUGGUCUCAAUCUCUUGACCUCGUGAUUCAUCCGCCUUGUCCUCCCAAAGUGCUGGGAUUACAGGCCUGAGCCACUGCGCCCAGCCUCUCCCAGCCUCUGCCCGUUCUUGAACUCGGGCAGCACAUCCUCACAGAAAUCUAGGAACUGUUGGUAGGUUUUUUCCUCGCUGUACUCCAGGCUUGCGUCGGACUCAUAGUCAUCCCUCCUGCACUGCUCCAUUCCAAACGUUGUAAACAUGCUCUUAAUAAGAAGCAUAGGACCGGAUGUUGGGAAGUUAUGUGAACAUCUAUCUCCAAAUCUGCGAGCUCCUGUUUUACUGUAGAAAAGACAAUUAACUUCAUCCUUCUCCAUGAGUCUGAAAUCCAAGGGGGGCGGGUUCCGGGUUUUGCCAUGUGGCGCCAUUUUCCAACUCAUUUUCAGCCUGAUCCAGCAUCUUCUGGACAACUUCCUGUUUUUCUUUCUUCUGUCGUUUCUGUUCCUCCUCUUCUCUCUCUUUCCUCUGCUGUUCUUCCCAUUGUUCCUUUAACUUUCGCUCUUGUUCUUGCCGUUUUCUAGCCACCUCUUCCUUUUCCUUCUUUGUUCUGAAUUCUUCUUGUGUCUCCUACUCUCUCAGCAGCCACUCCUCAUGUAAUCUUUGCCUCUCUCUUCCCCAUAGCUUUUCUAGUUGUUGUUCUUCAAUAAAAGUGUCCUCCUCCUUCUGUGAGAGUCCUGAAUCCCUCAGUGGAGCAAGUUCCUGCCGGCGUUUCUUUCGUUUCUCCUUCUUCAGGGCGGCCCUGUACUUUCUGUGGCUUGGUUUCUCUGGAAAUGUCACCUUCUCGGGUGCAGCCAUCUUGCCGGCCCCGCACCGCCCCUCUAGUUGUAUCCUUUAUAAUAAACUGGUAAACAUUGUAACCGCAGAUCCAGCCCAAUCUGGUUCAACUUUGUGUAAUAAAAUGGCGAGUUGUUUUUCAGUUGUCGUGGACCCCCAGGUUGCAAGUUACGUACCCUGGGCAUGCCCAGAUGAACCAAGUGUGCAAAUCCACGUGGAAGCUAAGUGCUCAGACCGAGGAACAGGGACUGAGUUAAGAAGUGGACACCACGUGGCAUAAUCUGUAAUCCAAUCAGAUUGAGCCCUGGCAUCACUCCACGGCGUGAUCCAAUCAGAUCAAGCCUCCUGCAUCCCCUCAUUACAAGAUCCAAUCAUAUCAUGCCUCACUACCCUCUGUGUAUAAGAUCUGCCCCAGCCCCCAGCUUGGAGAGACAGAUUUGGGCCAGACUCCUGUGUCCUUGCUUGGCUGCCUUGCAAUAAAUUUUUCUCUCUACAAAA